UCAGUGACGCAGCGCCGGGACGCAUGCCCCGUGCGCGCUGCGCGUCCUGCUCUGUCAGUAGCAGCCAGAUGGAAACGUAGGCAAUGAAUUUGGUGAGGUCAUGUAUUUUAAGCCGCACAACGGGAUAACUCAUCCUUCAGCGGCGGCAUAAACAAAAACAGCCAGCCGCCCCCGGGAGCAUUUCCCCCCCUAAUAACGGGACCGCCGGCAGCAUCGAUCUCGGGCUCGUUUAUCCGACAAAGAGGACAUUUUUGGAUGCGCAGAAAGCACUAAUUGAGGAAUUCACCAUGAACAAAAACAAGAAAGAGAAAGAGUUCUACAGCCUGGAGGUUGGGGAUUCAACAUUCACGGUACUGAAGCGAUACCAGAACCUAAGACCCAUCGGCUCAGGAGCACAGGGGAUCGUCUGUUCCGCUUAUGACCAAAUCCUUGAACGAAAUGUUGCCAUCAAGAAGCUGAGCCGGCCGUUUCAGAACCAGACCCAUGCUAAGAGGGCCUACAGGGAGCUAGUCCUAAUGAAAUAUGUCAAUCACAAAAAUAUCAUUGGCCUGUUAAAUGUAUUCACCCCACAAAAAUCAUUAGAAGAUUUCCAAGACGUAUAUUUGGUGAUGGAGCUGAUGGAUGCCAACCUCUGCCAGGUCAUUCAGAUGGAGCUGGACCACGAGAGGCUGUCCUACCUGCUCUAUCAGACGUUGUGCGGUAUCAAACACCUCCACUCCGCCGGCAUCAUUCACAGGGACCUCAAGCCCAGUAACAUAGUUGUCAAGUCAGAUUGUACCCUGAAGAUUUUGGACUUUGGUUUGGCUCGGACGGCCGCCACAGGUCUCCUGAUGACGCCGUACGUGGUCACGCGCUACUACAGAGCACCAGAAGUCAUCCUGGGGAUGGGCUACCAAGCCAAUGUGGACAUAUGGUCUGUGGGCUGCAUUCUGGCAGAAAUGGUUCGCCAUAAAAUCCUCUUCCCAGGAAGGGACUACAUCGACCAGUGGAACAAGGUAAUUGAGCAGCUCGGUACUCCGUCUCAGGAUUUUCUGAUGAAGCUGAAUCAGUCGGUAAGGACGUAUGUAGAAAACAGGCCCCGGUAUGCUGGAUACAGCUUUGAGAAGCUCUUCCCAGAUGUGCUCUUCCCCGCCGACUCUGACCACAACAAACUGAAAGCGAGCCAAGCUAGAGAUCUCUUAUCCAAGAUGUUGGUGAUUGAUGCCUCAAAGCGCAUCUCUGUGGAUGAUGCCCUUCAGCACCCGUAUAUUAACGUUUGGUAUGAUCCAGCCGAGGUGGAAGCACCCCCUCCAAAGAUCCCGGACAAGCAGCUGGAUGAGAGAGACCAUACUGUAGAGGAGUGGAAAGAUCUAAUUUAUAAGGAAGUGACUGAAUGGGAGGAAUUUACAAAGAAUGGAGUGAUAAGAGGUCAGCCGUCUCCUUUAGGUGCAGCAGUGAUCGACAGCCCCCCCCAGCCCUCGUCCUCCUCUUCUUCCUCCUCUUCGGCCAACGAUGUUUCAUCCAUGUCCACCGAGCCCACUGAUCCCAGCAGUGACCCCACCAUGGCCUCUGAAACGGACAGCAGCUUGGACAGUCACACCUCUCUGGGUGCGCUGGCCUGCUGCAGAUAACACGCGCGUCUGCACAGACACACGUCCACACUCACACCUCCCUCAUCAGUGUGUCUGCCGAGAGACGGUGCGGACGAAUGGAACUCACAUUGGUUUCUAGAGCUGCGGUUUUAAUGUACAGUUUGUUUUUAAUGUCCCCCUCCCCCCACCCCCCGCCAUCCCUACACUGCUGUAAAUUAUUGUGGUAUGAAAUUGUAUCAUGAUGACUGUAUUUUUUUCUGCAAAGAAUCAAGAGUAUGUUUUGAUGUGAAACUGUGAUUAAUGUAACAAAAAAAGGGAUUUGAGUGUGUUUUACACAUUGCUGGGUUUUUUUUUUUGCUACUGCAAGAGUCAAACACCAUACCAUUACUACCCCCGUAUUAUGUUGGAGAUUCUUUUUCUUCAUGUACAGUUUUUGGACUUUUGAAGGAAUAUACACCAGUUCUGUCUGAUGGGAGGCAAAUGUGAUCUUGGAUUGAAAUGUACAUGAAAGUUUUUUUAUUUUGACAUAGUUUUGUCUUAUUCUUGUAGAAAGCAGGCCUUGGGAUAUCAAAGUUAAUAUAUUUCUUUUUAAAUCGUGUAUGAAUGUGUUCAUCUUGAAAGUCUGUUUGUUGCCCUGAUGGAAUUUUUUUUAUUAUUUUUUACUAGAGUACUGUAUUUAUUGACGUAGAUGUAAUUUGUAGGUAACGGUUUGUCGGAGGAAUAAGAACAGGGUGAAUGUAAAAGUAAAAGAAGAAGCUUGUUGGUGCUGUAACGAGCUGAAGUGGGCCGCCCCACUGGCUAUUGUGAAUGCUGUGAUUGGGGACUGUCACCAGAGACUAAAUUUAAAUUAGUCACUUUAUCUUUUUGGCAUGUUGUGUCAGACAUUAUUCACAGCUGUCUGAUUUAAUAUUUAAUUUAAGUGCCCUUACUCAGUUUCGUGAUUUCUUUUUUUAUUUUAUUGUUUCAGUCCUCUUUACGGCAGAGACGUCUUGAGUUCUACCUCACACAUGCAAACAAUCAAACACAUUUUUAGAGACAAACAGAAUCAUGGCACAGAUGAUUUGACAGAAUGCAAAGUAGUUUUUUUUCUCCAGUUUUUUAUUUCAAGCUAGAAGGUAUCUGUUAAUGUACAUCUCAUUCAGAAGUACUAUUUAUAUGCUCUUGUGUGGGUGUGUGUAGUUAACUCAUGGAUUAGUAGUCGGUGAACAACCUGUACAUUUGACUGUAGAUGUAUGCAUGUUUUCUGGGAAACAGAAAACAGGUAUUUGCCACCUGCCAUGGUAUUUAUGUAUUCAACGAUUCAGAUUCCUAAACUGUAUAUUUCGUGGUUUUGGAGCUCAAAGCGGUAAAACUUUACCAUCAACUCCCAGAAUGCACCCUGGGGAUUGGGACACUUGUCCUGAGCCCUGUUUUGGCCACAUCACUUCUGACUGUUUUGACUUCCUUUUUGUGUGUGUGGCUUUCCCCCUCCUCCAUCCUCUAAGAAACAUAGAUCAGAUAGAAUAGACUGUUGCAUGAGUUUUCUCUGAGCAUUAGUGCAGGUACAUUUAUUGUAGAGUUAUUUAUUGCACCGCUGGGAUGGUGCUGAGGACUGAUGAGGAUGUGGCCAAACACCGUCAGCGAAGACUAAAAGCUCAUGUGGUAUGUUUUGCAAAGGACAGUCGUGUGAAUUUCAGCCUUUUAUCUAACAAUGACUCACUCACAGAUAAAUUAUUCAGCUCGCUAGUUAUGGAAACUGUCUACCUUCAACUCCAGCAAAUAAAGAGUUUCAUUUUAA